AUGUUGUCUAAGAUCUCAAUAGAAGAAGAGAUCAAAGAUGCUAUUUUUGACAUGAGCUCCACUAGUAGUGCUGGGCUCGAUGGAUUCAAUGGCAUGUGCUACCAAAAAUGCUGGGAGAUUAUAAAGGUGGAUGUGAUUAAAUUUUUUCAGAGCUUUUUCUAUGGUAGUGGCCUUACUAAAUUCUACUCUCAUUCUUUUUUGGCCUUAAUUCCUAUAGUUAACUCUCCCUCUAAUUUUUUAGAGCUUAGAAACAUCGGUUUAAGCAACUUUUCUAACAAAAUCAUUUCCAAAAUUUUGGCUAGAAGACUGAACCCUUUGUUUCCCAAAUUGAUUUCAUAUAAUCAAAGUGGUUUCGUUAAGGGAAGGCUUAUUAAUGAUAAUAUUCUGUUGGAUCAAGAAAUUGUUCAUGACAUUUCUAAAACCAGCAAAGGAGAAAACAUUGUCAUCAAGAUGGACAUGGUAAAAGCCUAUGAUAGGCUUUCGUGGAAAUUUCUUACAGGUGUUCUUAAAAGCUUUGGUUUUUCAGAAUAG